AUGGAAAAAAAUGUUAGGAUAUAGGAAGCUGUUGUUUUAAAUUAAAAUUAUUUAUGUUUAUUAGUGAAUUUUAAAGGAAUUUAAAUAUGGAGAUUUAACGAAGAAAGUAAUGAUGAGCCUUAUUAUUAAUGUGUAAAAACAAUCUAAAAGAAUGCUUGCUCAGCAUUGAGCUAUUCGAAUAUAAUUAAAAGAUUGCUAUUUGUUACAUGUUAAAUAAAAAUUGAAUCUUACUAUCUGAAUUGCGAUGAUAGUUAAAAUAUUUCAAUUAAGCAUUAAAGAAGCGUUUAAUUAAUUGCAAACUAAAAUGAACAAAAUUUAAACUAAAUUCAAAAGAUACAACAAAUUAGCUAAAAAGGAAGUAGUUUUAUUUUGAUAGAAUUAGGCUAAAAAAUAAUUUUGCUCAACAACAAUUUUAAAAUGAUAAGAAGUUUAAACAUAAAUAAAAAAUCAAUAAUUUCAACUUCAAUCCUUUCUUUUGAAGAUAGAUUUUAAUCUUCUUAAUAUUUAAGGUAUUACAAUUACUUAAGUAAAUCAAGUAAAUCUAUAGUAAUUACUGGUUAGUCAAGGUAUUUUAUAUUAUGGGAUAUUUAUAAGGGAACAGAAAUCAAAGCUGUCAAUGCUCAUUAAUCGGAUGUAUGCUAAAUAAAAUAUUUAAGAUUAAAAGGAAAAUGGGAUAUGUUAGCUACAUCAGCCAGAAGAGAUAAUGAAAUAAAAAUUUGGGAACUCACUAGCUUGUAAUGUAUAUCAACCCUAAAAUAGAGCACGAUAAAAUAUCUCCUUGACUAUAAUUCUUAAUUAAAAUAUUUACUUGCAUAUAGUAUUCUCUUUGGUAAAAAGACAAAUUAUACUACUUUAGAGAUAUGGAAAAUUAACUAAAUUUCAUAAAAAUAACUGAUUAUUAAGCCUUUAGAUAAGCUUAUAAAGGUAAAAGAUAUUUAAGUUGAUUAAGAGCAAGGUUUUAUAUUAAAAAAUUAGAAUUUAAAUGAUUAUCCUAUAAAUAAGAAUUAUACUAACAUUUUGAAAGAGUAUUUCAAUGAAAAUAUAUCUUAAAUAAUAUUUCAUGGAGAUGAUAAAAUUUUAGUUGUUUUCUUGACUGGUAAUUACAUAAUCUAAAAAGUAUAAAUAGAAUAAGAAAAGUGA